CACCAGCGCCGAAGGGCACCCCCAAUGCCCCACCGAGCGCGCCUCUUGGCAGGCACUCAGUGGGACUAGAGCCGCAUUACGUAAUCCACUUUACGACCGAACAUCAUUGAACGGGGGUGCAUUUUGAGUGUGUGUAAGUUGUCACUUACAUAAUUCAAAAUGGCUGACGCCUCGGGUGAAGAUGUCCAGGAGCGUCUCAAAUCAGCCCUAUGGUUCGCCAUAGGCAAGAUGGUCGACGAUGAGUCGCUCCGUCGCAACAUGAAUGCCACUCCUCAGUUCAUCGGAGCUCUUACCGAGCUUGUGUGGACUCAGAUUGAAAACGUCGCCAUCGAUUUGGAAACCUUCAGCCAACAUGCUGGGCGCACCACCGUCACCACAGAUGACGUGCUUCUGCUUGCUAGGCGGAACAGUGACCUUCAGUCUGUGAUCAAGGACUGCGUCGACCGUCUCAAGGCUGCUAAGGCCAAGGAGAAGACGAGGGCUGGGAAAAAGAAAUAGUUUAAAGAGGCCGCCAUUACAGACAGCACGAUAUCAGUCUUCGGAUUGGGCGAGGAAGAAGUCUUCGAAUCUUCAGUGGUUGCUUGAGGCAGGGUGAGUAAACCAUGACGAUGGUGAUAUAAGGUGGAGGAUUACCAGAGCAGAGGGCCAGCAUCGUAUACGGCCGAGACUACACACGCAGCAUUGAUACCCUUGGCGAGUGAA